CCACUUGUGUGUGCGCUUAGCAAUUUGUGCCCUUUUUCUGACACCCUCACUUCUUAUCCGGAAGCGGUGGAUAGGGACACAUGCGCCCGCCCGGGUCGCAUCCCGACCCGCGCCACCGGUCCGACCAGACCGCCGACCGGCUCAGCCGGUUCACCACUUCUCACUUCACCUGCCUGCCGCUUCCUGCUUUCCCGUUCCUGAAAGAGAGAGAAGCAUAUCCUCACUCUAGUCUCUCUCGCCCCAUCCCCUUCCCCGUCCCUCCUCCAGCUCCCUCUCCUCCGGCUGCUGCCCCUCCACCGUCCGCCCCUCCUCCCCGCUGCCGGCCACUUCCGGACUUCCCCGCCGCGUUACCUCCUCCUCCUGGCGCUUCCCGCUUGGCGGUUGCCUGGGAUUUACCCCCGCUCUGUUCCCCUUUCGGGGAACGCCUUCAGAGGCAGGACGGGUACUUGGUCCGGGAGGCGCGGCGACGGCGACAGCGGCGAGUGAUUUUCGGUCGCCAGAGGGAGAGUUUUUUUUAACGGGGUUUUGGUGGGAAGGAAGGAGGCGGCCGCGAGUAGGCGAGACGUUCAUGGGUUAGAUCUGGCGGUCCGGCGGCGCGGAUCUGAGCGAGGUUUCGGUGGAGAGAUCGGGUGGUGGUCACUAUCUUCGCCUCAUUUCGAGUAGAUGGAGCGUCUCAUGGCCAAAUCGGGCAUGUAUGGCGGAUUCUGCUACUGUCUGAAGCAGCGUUGCCUGCAGAUCUGAAAGUCACUUGGUCUCCUUGCCCAGUUGACCUUACUGAAUGACAUUGCUUUCCGCGGUUUGACUGUCAUUACAUCCUUUUCGGUGUCUGAUCAAAAAUUUUUAGCACGAGAUGACGUGCUUCUAGUUGUUGUUGAUAUCUUGUCCUGAGUUGAGUAAACCUGAAGCUGGAAAGGAGCGGAUCACAUUCGUGCUCUUGCUCUUGUUGACUUCUAGGUCUAUCUUAGAUACCUAGAGGCUGGAAGGGGUCAGAUCCAGUUCCUGUGGUCCUAGUAACAAGGUCCUCUUGGGGGAAGGCGCCAUGACCUACUUCCCCGAGGAGGUGGUAGAGCACAUCUUCAGCUUCUUGCCAUCGCACAGCGACCGGAACACGGUCUCCCUUGUGUGCAAGGUGUGGUAUGAGGUCGAGAGGCUGAGCCGACGAGCGGUGUUCGUAGGGAACUGCUACGCUGUGCGCCCUGAGCGUGUGGUGCUGCGGUUCCCCAAUAUAAAGGCCCUCACGGUGAAGGGGAAGCCUCACUUUGCAGACUUCAACCUUGUGCCGCCUGAUUGGGGUGGCUACGCAGGGCCAUGGAUUGAUGCAGCAGCAAGGAGCUGUGUUGGUCUCGAGGAGUUGCGCAUGAAGCGGAUGGUUGUGUUUGAUGAGAACCUUGAGCUGCUAGCUCGGUCAUUCCUGAGAUUCAAAGUCCUUGUCCUUAUCAGCUGCGAGGGGUUUAGCACCGAUGGUCUAGCUGCUAUUGCGAGUCACUGCAAGCUCCUGAGGGAGUUAGAUUUGCAGGAAAAUGAUGUGGAGGACCGUGGGCCCAGAUGGCUUUCCUUCCCUGAUUCCUGCACUUCGCUGGUCUCCUUGAAUUUCGCUUGCAUCAAAGGGGAGGUGAAUUCUGGUGCGUUGGAGAGACUUGUUGCUAGGUCUCCAAAUCUACGCAGUUUGAGGUUGAAUCGUUCUGUUUCAGUAGACACACUCUCAAAGAUACUAUUGCGAGCCCCAAAUUUGGAAGACUUGGGGACAGGUAAUCUGACAGAUGAGUUCCAAGCUGAGUCCUAUUCCAGGCUUACUAGUGCUCUGGAGAAAUGCAAAAAGCUGAGAAGUCUGUCUGGAUUUUGGGAUGCUUCUCCUAUUUGUGUUCCGUAUAUCUAUCCCCUCUGUCAUCAACUAACAGGCCUAAACUUGAGUUAUACUCCCACACUGGAUUAUUCUGAUCUAGCUAAAAUGGUCAGCCGCUGUGUGAAACUCCAGCGUCUCUGGGUACUGGAUUGCAUUUCAGAUAAGGGUUUGCAAGUGGUGGCCUCCAGUUGCAAGGACCUACAAGAACUCAGGGUGUUUCCAUCAGAAUUUUAUGUUCCUGGUGCUUCUGCAGUGACAGAGGAGGGACUUGUUGCAAUAUCGUCAGGCUGCCCAAAACUGACCUCUUUGCUGUAUUUCUGUCACCAGAUGACCAAUGAAGCGCUAAUUACUGUAGCUAAUAACUGCCCAAAUUUCAUCAGAUUUAGACUCUGUAUCCUUGAGCCAAAGAAGCCAGAUGCCAUGACAGGCCAGCCGUUAGAUGAAGGUUUUGGUGCGAUUGUCCGUGAAUGCAAAGGGCUAAGACGUCUGUCAAUAUCAGGUCUUCUCACAGACAAGGUUUUCAUGUAUAUUGGAAAACAUGCAAAAUACCUCGAAAUGCUUUCUAUAGCAUUUGCUGGAGAUAGUGAUAAGGGGAUGAUGGACGUGAUGAACGGGUGCAAGAAUCUGAGGAAGCUUGAGAUCAGAGACAGUCCAUUUGGCGAUGUUGCACUCUUGGGAAAUGUUGCCAAGUAUGAGACAAUGCGAUCCCUUUGGAUGUCUUCAUGCAAUGUCACAUUAAAGGGGUGCCAGGUCCUUGCAUCGAAGAUGCCGAUGCUCAAUGUGGAGAUCAUGAAUGAACUAGAUGGAAGUAGUGAAAUGGAGAACCAUGGAGACCUCUCUAAAGUGGACAAGUUAUAUGUUUACCGCACAACUGCUGGAGCGAGGGAUGAUGCACCAAAUUUUGUUAAGAUCCUACAGAGCUAGCCGCGACUACCCUUAUAUCUUCCCACCUUGAGAGAUGGUCGGUGGAAUCCGGCAUGCCUGGGGCCAGGGCAACAGUGGUAAGUUCUUGAAUCGUCUCCCCUUUUGCAGGGUCAGGAAAAGCCACACUGGCCUGCGCCCUUAUCGUGGAGCAACACGACCGGGAAUCCAUCAUCAUCCUCUGUACCACCGCCCCCCUCCCUUUCAGUGUCUGGUCAUAUGGCCACCCAGGCCCCCCUUUAUUACCUGUGAAUUCUCCCACUCGAGAGGAGGGGACCGAACGGAUAACUUUUUCUAGCCAUGUAACAUCUCUAGUGUACUUGUCUCCAUUUGCUUUUGACAUUGGCACGGUGGAUUGUGUUGCUGGCGUCGCUGUUGUAGUGUUUUGUUUCGCAAACCUGAGAAUUAUCGGGACAUUCCGGGGACGACGCUCUGUUUCUUGCUCCUGUGAAUGCAUGGACUGCAUGUAAUAUUUGAUGGCCUUGCAGGAUUUAUCGUACACACUUUUCGCCCUUGCA